GCGGGGCGCAAGGACGGACGGCCCGAUGGACUCGGGCCCCGGCCGAGCCGAUGGCGCCUGCGGCGGGGCGCUGGGCGCCUGGCCUGUGGCGGGCCUGCAACUGGCUCAUGGCCGCCUUCUUCGCGCUGGCGGCCGUGGUGCAGGUAAAUGAUCCAGAUGCUGAAGUCUGGGUGAUGGUGUAUAUGAUACCUGCAGUGCUGACUCUCCUUGUUGGACUUAACCCCCUUGUCACAGGGAACUUUAUUUGGAAGAGUGUCUCUGCAAUACACAUAUUCUUCUGCAUCACGUGGGCUGUCGGCUUGGCAUACUACCUCCUGCUUCAUACACAACAGAACAUCAUACAUGAGGAAGAAGGCAGGGAGCUGUUUGGUCUGGUGAUUAUUACGGCAUGGAUGAGCCUAUGCCACAGUUCAUCAAAGAAGCCAGUUGGUGGAAGAAUUCAGUUGGCUAUUGCCGUUGUCAUUGCUCUCUUCCCCCUUCUCUCGUGGGUCUACAUAUAUGCAAACAAGGAGAUGCGGUCCUCCUGGCCCACUCACUGCAAGACGGUAAUUUAAGUGAAGUCAAGAAGCCUGUUCUGAAAAUGAGGAUUUGCAAUUUCUUAUAAACAUGGUUGUAACAAGCCAACUUCCUAGCAGUUUAUUUCCGGUAAUUUGAGCUAAUACUACAGAUUUUUCUUUUUAAUACUGAGAACUUUUUAAGGUUGCCUACAAUACAGUGUAGCAUUGGAUGGGACUAGUAAGAGCAGGGUCUCACAUUCUAUUGUAUCAGUGUAGCAGAAAAGAACAAAAGUUGAGAAAAAUGAAUUCUAACUCAGCUUAUCACUAUCUAUGUGACUUGGGCAAAUAUAUAAAUCUCCUGGUGGAUAUGUCUUUAUCUAUAAAAUAGGAUUAAUACCAGAUCUCCUGCUUAAGUUAUACGGUUGCAAGGAUUAAACUGGAUAACAUGACAGCACUCCGAAAAUAUAAAGUGCUUACAAAGGGCCGCACAUGAUUAAAACAGAGGGAGGCAGGGUCUGGGUAACAGGACAGAAGGAGAGGCCCAACAGAGGGCUGCACCCUGAGCUAAUCUCGUAUAGUGAACUGUACAGGGCCAUGGACUGAACGAGGGCGCCAGACAAGCCAAACGAACAAGCACGUCUUGGAAAGGAAAGUCGGACAGAAUAAAGGAAUUUGGGACCGAAAACAAUAGGGAAUAUUAAUUACAUUGUAAAUGAAAAAUAAGACCAAAAUCCACCCGUUUUUUAAAAUGAAUAUCAAAAGUAACCCCGGGGAGAAGACUGUGUUCGAGCUGUACUCUCCGAUCUGGUAGACACUAGCACAUGAUGCACUGAGCGCUUGAAAUGUGGCUAGACUGACUGAGGAAGUAAAGCUUUAAUUUUUUCAUUUUAAUUUUUAAUUUAAAAACUGCUAAUUAUUAGAAACCUUGUGUGUUUAGAACAUUUGUUUUAAGUGUGUCUGUAACAGCUUGGGUAUAUGAGUCUACUUCGACUGUAAAUUUUAUGGUAUCUAAAUACAGAUUUAGUAUUUCCAAUGAAAAUCUGGUGUCCAAAAGAAUGUGCUAUGAGUCUAAAAUAUGCACUAGAUUUUAAGGAUGUAACAUAAAAUGAAAGAAUGUAAAAAACAAUUUUUGUAUUGAUUACAUAUUGAAAGAAUAUUUUACAGAUAUUAGGUUAAAUAAAAUACAUUAAAAUUAAUUUUAUCUGUUUCUAUUUACUUUUUUAAAUGUGCCGGGUAGGAUAUUUUAUCACUUAUGUGGGUCACAUUCUAUGUCCGUUGGUCUGUGCUGUUUUGAGCAUCUGGAUGGCAGCUUUUUUACAGAUGUUAGCAUCAAACCCGGUAAUCAAGCCACUGUUUCAUGAGAUUUAAGAAAUAUUUCACUGAAAAAAGAAUUAGUACCUACUGUAUGUCAGGAGAAUAAACAUGAAUCUAGUAGUUUGUCUCUUCAUUUGUAUAGCCUUUAAUACAAUAUUAAGUAUUCUACAAAUAUUUGUUAAAGGAAGGAUGCAUAUUUUUUGCUUGCUUUAUACAAUGGCCACUGGACAGUCAAAUUUUCUAUCAAGAUCUGGACGAAGGAAAAGGAAAAAAAAAUCUAGUUGAUAUUAAAGCAAAUAAAGUGAAAUUUAAGGGCCAAUAAAAUGCAAGGAAAAGA